AACACCAAAACCGUGUUUCCAAAAAAUGGUUCAAAAGAAAUCUUCCGGCGCUCAAAACCGUGCUAAAGCUACUAAAAAAGUAGCAGAAGAAGCAAAAAAUAAACAGACUUUAGAAGAUAUGGGAUUUAUAACAAUAACGCAGACCAAAGAAAAUGCCUCUUUUCCAGAUCUCUCUUAUAAUGACCAUGACUCCCAGUCAGUCUAUGAGUGCCAAAAGGAACCAAUUAGCUCUCCUUCUCUUUUAAGAUCACCUGCUGCACUUAAAAUGUGUAAUUUGCAGGGCUGUGGAUCAGUGGGGAUCUCAAACAAUUCACCUGAAGCUGAGCUAAAUGAAUUUCAACGUGACUCAUUAGAGUCAGAAGGAGGAACUUUAUCCAACAGGGAAGAAUGUAAUGCUCAACCUGAUUUGGUAACAAUUAAUGCUGACCCCUCUUUGUGGCCAGUUGUUUUAUGUCAAAAAGAUCGAGAUGUAAUCAUUUUAAAGGGACCCCCUACACAUUCUUUGAAGCAACGAGACUAUCCCCGUGAUUCUAAGAAAAGAAUUUUUCCUUUGAAUGUGUUUUAUCAAUCUUUGCCUAAUAAGGAAAAAGUAGAAAGAGACUUUUUGGUUUGGAGCUCGAUCUCCAAGGCUCUCUACUGUUUUCCUUGCUCACUCUUAGGCACGAAAGCAGCAUUUAAAUGUGGGGAAUCGUCCCUUCUUCGUUGGAACGGAGGAGCUAGAGAUCAAUGGAGGAAACUCAUAGAUUGUGUGAAGCAGCAUCAAUCCAGCUCAUUGCACCAAAAGUUCUACAUGGAUUUAAAAGACGCAUACAUUCGUCUUACCAGUUCCACUGGUAUAGAUUCAGAGCUCCAGAAGCAAAUCAAUUCUGAAACAGGUAAAUGUAGGACAAUUCUUCGUGGAAUUUUGGAUGUGACUCUUUUCUUAGCUUCUAGGAAUUUAGCUUUUCUAGGUAAAACAACACACGUGAAUGGGAAAGGAAAUGGAAACUUUCUUGCCGGUAUGGAGCUUAUCGGUCGUCACAACCCCGUCAUUGCAUCUCACUUGGAAGAUGUAAGACGCCAUCAACAAGAGGGCUCCAGAAUGAGUGCUCAUUACUUCUCUCCAACGUCUCAAAAUGAGUUCAUCAAAGAAUGUGGUGGUGUUAUCCGAAGUGCAGCUGUCAAAGAAAUUCAGGACGGUAUCUACUUCACCAUUAUAGUCGAUGGUACCCCCGAUACAUUUCACACUGAGCAGAUAACCUUUGUUAUUCGUUUUCUCCUUUAUGAAAAAGAAACUAAUUGCUGGCAAAUCAAAGAACGAUUUUUGUGUGUUGAAGCUUUCGAAAAGAAGAAAGGACUCGAUAUAGCUAAGCUUAUCACUGAUGUGAUUGCAAGGCUAGGUUUGAAUAUUCAAAACUGUCGCGGUCAGGGAUACGAUAAUGGAUACAAUAUGUCAGGUGCUUACAAGGGAGCUCAAGCCUUAAUAAGACAAAAUUAUUCGGAAGCUCUGUACGUUCCAUGUAGCGCUCACAAUCUGAAUUUGGCUGAUGUGCACGCAGUUGAAUCAGCCAUUGAGAUCAAAAUUGAGUUCAAACCACUUGAGAUCAAACCACUUGCCAAAAGACCGAGAGAAAUGUUGGCAGCUCUUAAAAAUGCUAUGGAAAACCUGGAUCUGACGAGUGAGCAGCUAAGCCAAGCAAAAGCCUUAAAAAAAUGGUUAUCAACUUUUGAAUUUGUAUUGCUAAUUACGAAUUGGUACAAAACCCUUACUGCUGUUAACGACGUUAGUCGUCUUCUACAAUCUGAAGCCAUUACCAUCGAUGACGAGCUACGUUUGAUUAGACAGCUGCUGGAAGAUCUUAAACAGAUUAGGGGCUCUUGGUUGCAAAUUUUCCAAAAUGCUAUAGCUGUAGCUGGACCGCUAGGAUUCGAAACUGAACUUGCUACUAAAAGAAAGCGCAAACUAAAGCGCUUUCAUAAUGAGGCAUCAAACACAGUCUAUUUCCACGACAGUCAAACAAAAGAAUUCAAAGUGAACGUUUUUAAUGUUGCUUUAGAUAGUCUGAUCCAGCAGAUUGAUUCAAGAUUUGAGGCAAGCCAAGAUGGUUGCCAAUAUGUUUUCAUUCAUCUGGUUGGACAAUGA